CUCCGCUCCAUCAUCAUCCGCAUCGCGCCGCAAGUCGACAACACACACGCGAACUCGCUGCGCCCUGCCUGUCUCGCUCGCUCUGCGCAUCGCUCGGCCUAGCCUGCAGUGCAGCAUCUCACGUCGGGCGUCGCUCGGAGUGCCUCGCUUAGCUACGAGUCUGCCGCGUCAGCGCCGCCUGCUGCUGCUGCGCUGCACACCAUUCUGUCGCGCGCGUCUGGCUUGGCUUGCAAUAGCACUUGGCCCUGCGAAGAGAAGAGAGGAGAAAGAAGGAAGCACCUGCGGCUCUGGUCGCCCUCUCAUCGUCGGCGCUCGGGCCUUGUGAGCACCAUCGCGCACGCGCACACCAGAAGAAGAGUCAGCCGCCGCCAGCUUCCUUGGGGCCGUGACGCGCGCGCGUUGUCCUCGCCUGUGCCUGCUGUGUCUGCUGUAGCCCCCCGCACCCCCUAAGCACCUUUCCUUCUCUCGCCAUGUACGGAGCGCCCUACAACGCACACGCGCCGGCGCCGCAGUACGGCGCGGCGCCGCCGAUGCCAGGCUACUACGGUGCGCCCGCUCCUGCUCAGCCGAUGUACGGGCAGCCCGCUCCUCCGCAGCAGCCGUACUAUGCCCACGGCCCGCCGGCGCUGGCACCGGCUGCGCCCGCGCCGCCGGCGCACCUGUCCUCGCCCGAUGCCUUCGCCGCCUACUUCCACAGCCAGCUCGCCACGCUCACCUUCAACUCCAAGCCCAUCAUCACCAACCUCACCAUCAUCGCGCACGAAAACAUCGGCGCCAUGGGCAACGUCGUGGCGCAGUGCGUCGACGAACACAUCUCGCAGACGCUGCCUGCAUACCGCCUGCCGGCGCUGUAUCUGCUAGACUCGAUCUCCAAGAACAUCGGCGAGCCGUACACGUCGCUCUGGGCCGAACGCAUUCCCGCCCUCUUCCUCGAGACGUACCGCGUGGUGGAGCAGGGCGUCAAGGUGCGCAUGGAGGAGCUGCUUGGCACGUGGCGCGAGGCCGGGCCGGGGCGAAGGCCGCUCUUCGGCGAGCAGGCGCAGUGGAGCAUCGAGCGGAGCCUCUUUGGCAGCCAGGGCGUCGGCGCGCCUCUGCCUGCUGCGCGGGCCGUCGCUGCUGCCCAGGGCAUCUCGCCGCACCAUGUGGCCUCGCCCAAUGGCUAUCUCUCUCCCGCGCACGGCUGGGGCGGCAACUCGCCCAUGGCGCCUCCCAGUGGCGGUCGUUCUCCGCAGCCGGGCGUCAACGCCGCUGCGCCCGUGCCCGCAGGCGAUGCGGCUCUGGAAGCGGAAAAGGCGCGCGCCGUCGAGCAGAUCAACCGCCUGCUCAGUCUGGGCACGCAGGACCAGUACCGCAAUCCGACAGCCUACUCGGCGACGCGCAUGAGUGCGCUCAAGCAGCUGCGCGACGUGCUGCAGACGACGCCUCUCACGCCGGCGGAGGUGGCACAGAUCGUGGCGCAGCUCGGCGCGCUCGGCGGCGAGAUGAGCGCCGCGGGCACACGAGGGGCAACGCCUCCAACUGGCCCGCGAGCCGAGCGCUUCGCUGCGCAACAGCAGCAGGCAGCUGCGGUGCCGGCCAUUCCGGCUGGCCUCUCGCAGACGCUGGCGAGUCUGGGCAAGCUGGGUCCGCUCAACACGCCGCCGGCAGCGCACGCCACUGCUGCGCCGGCGCCCAACGCCGCCAGCGAUCUGAUCAAGAGUCUCAUGCAGGCCGGUCUGCUCUCAAAUCCCGCCCUGGGCGGCGCUGCCGCAUCGCCAAAGGUCGAGCAAGACGCCGACUACGCCGCCGCGAUUCUCUCGCUCGACAUCAAGUUCACCUCUGCCGACCUGCAGCGCGAGCCGCCGGUCGGCGCGCUCGAGCUCGUGCUGCACAAGCAUCUGCCGCAGCAGUGUCGCCAGUGCGCCAAUCGCUACCCGCCUGGCCCGCGAGGACAGCGCAGCAUGGACGAGCACCUCGACUGGCACUUCCGCCAGAAUCGCCGAGCCAAGGACAGCGCCGCGCGCGGACAGAGCCGCAGCUGGUUCAGCAAGCUCUCGCACUGGAUCCGCGGAGGCUUCGACGAUGCACCGCCGGCGCAGCGCGAGGGCGCCGAACGGCCUGGCGCCCUGACGCCGGCUCAGGAGGCCGAGCUCAAGGCGGCAGCUGCCAGCUUCGUCGUUGCGCCGACGGACGACCCGGACGCUGCGGCACGGCCGUGUCCCAUCUGCAAGGAGCUCUUCAAGAGCGAGUGGAGCGAGGACGAGGAGGAGUGGAUCUGGCGCGAUGCGGUGCACGUCGAUGGCACUUACUACCACGGCACGUGUCGCUACUCGGCAAAGGCCCUCUCGACCGCAGUGACACGCAGCGGCACGCCGCCCGACGGCGCCAGCGAGACGGAGAGUCAAGCAGGCUCGCGCGCCGGCACGCCGCAGCUGGCCGGCGGCGCCGUGCACGCUGCGAAUCCAGUGGUGCGCAUCAAGGAGGAAGCCCUCGGUACCUCGACGGCAGCGGCGCAGAAGAAGCGCAAGGAGAGUCCGGCGGCCGUCGAGGCGGCCAACGGCGGCGCACCGGAGGAGGCUCCGGCGGCAAAGCGCCUCGCUGCUGCCGACGCUUGAUGCCUCUGCGCACCUCUGCCUCGCUCCGCAACUCUUCUCGCUCUAUCUCGUCUUCGUGCCGCGUGGAGCUCCACUCGCCUUCCCAUGUCACCCACGAAUCCAUCAUCAAGCAAUGGCUAGAAAUACAAUUGACUCGGCCCUUCCAUGCGUGGCAGA